UGCAGCUGCACAAGCAUGGCCUACUCAGCCAAAAUCGGUCCUUCCAUCCUUAACAGUGAUCUGUCCUGUCUCGGGUCCGAGUGCACCCGAAUGAUGGACUGCGGCGCUGACUACCUCCAUCUGGACGUGAUGGAUGGUCAUUUUGUCCCAAACAUCACAUUUGGUCAUCCAGUUGUGGAGUGUUUGCGGAACCACCUGGGUCCAGAGCCUUUUUUUGACAUGCACAUGAUGGUGGCCAAGCCGGAGCAGUGGGUUCAGCCCAUGGCUGUAGCAGGAGCCAACCAGUACACCUUCCACCUGGAGGCCACCAGCAACGCAGGAAACCUUAUCAAGGAGAUUCGGCAGAACGGCAUGAAGGUAGGCCUUGCGAUAAAGCCUGGUACCACAGUGGAGGAGCUGGCCCCUUGGGCGGGGAAGAUCGACAUGGCUCUGGUGAUGACUGUUGAGCCUGGCUUCGGAGGUCAGAAGUUCAUGGAGGACAUGAUGCCCAAGGUGAGUUGGCUGAGGAGUCAGUUUCCAUCUCUGGACAUUGAAGUGGACGGUGGUGUGGGUCCUGACACCAUUCACAAGUGUGCAGAGGCUGGUGCUAACAUGAUUGUGUCAGGCAGCGCCAUCAUGAAGAGUGAGGACCCUCGCUCUGUCAUCUCUUUGCUUCGAAACGUCUGUGCAGAGGCCAUUCAGAAGAGGUCGCUGGAUCGGUGAUUUCCGGCUAUGGGCACUGCAGGUGUUGUUUGUCUUGGACUGUGAUAUGUGGGCCCAAAGUGCCCACGAUCCCCCACCACCACCCUGGUCAGGGAGUCCUCCACGAAAUAGGAUAGGCAAGUUAGGAUGGUGGAAGAGUCCCUGCCAUAACCUGGCCUCACCUUGAUUAUUGUAACAAAUUAUGUAAACAUUCCAAUACUUUGAUCACUAAUGCUUUAAGACACACUUAUGAAUAUUUUUUUUCAAUAAAUCCACUGUAAUGUUUCCAAUAA